AUGGCCCCAAGUAUAGCGACGGUAAAAAUAGCCAGGGAUAUGGUUCUGCCAUUACGUAUAUUUGUCAAUAGAAAACAGCUCCUUCAAAGCAAUGAGAAAACUGGCAAUAAGUCGAAUGCUACUAUAUUUGAAGCACCGUUAUUAUCAAAUAACUCUAUCGUCUGCUUAAAAUCACCGAACACAAGAAUAUAUUUAUCACAACAAGAUAAGAAGAACCUCUGUGAUGAGAUCAAGGAGGAUCUGUUAUUGAUUGUGUAUGAACUAGCAUCUCCGGAAAUUAUCAGCUCCGUGCUCAGCAAAAUAAGAAUUGGACAUUCUAUUGAUUUCCAAACCAAAGUUUUUCCUAAGCUUUUUGCAGGAGCUGACACAGAUGAUGUGGUAACUUCUCAUAUACGGACUGUAACAAGGCUUGCUAAAUUCAAAUACAAGUUGGAAUACAAACAUAAGUGGGAACUGGACAUAUUCAUAAAUAGCAUUAAGAAAAUUGCUAACUUAAGGCAUUACUUGAUAUUCCAAACAUUAACGUUAAACGGUUUUUCAUUGAAUGCAGGCCCAAAAACGUUAUUAGCUAUGAAAAUAGAAAAACAGCCCCAGGUGCCUAAUUUGCUGACAGAAAAUGAGGAGGCAGAUGCCCUUGUUACACCGAUAGAAGAGGAUAUAAAACCUGUAAUAGAAUUCAUGUACAAGCCUGUUAUUAAUUUGGGCGAGAUUAUCGAUAUACAUGUGUUGCAUAGACCUAGAAGACAUAAGAUAUGUACCCAAUCGAACCAGCCCCAAGAGGAAUGA